CCCAAAUCAGCAUCAUGUGUCCAAAGCACCCCGUUGGUCAUGCUGCUUGGGCUCUGGCUGCCCACCAUUAUAAGAAUGCUGGAUAAUAAGUUGCCACAUUCCGCAAAAAGAUGACCACAUGCACUUCCUCCCCUCUGGCCUGCCGAAGAAAGCCUCCUGGAGCCGCAACCAGCAGUCUGAGCACCGCUAGCGAUAGUGACGAUGACAUUUAUCUGACGACUACAUGCUGUGCCGUCAAGGAUGAGAUUGAAGCGUGGUUCAAGUUACCACGAUUAAGCUUGGCUCUCACCCUCCGCAGUCUCUUGUGCGCCGCUGCGGUGGCUCUGUUGGCUGUUGUUUUGCCGCAAAAGAGUAUUGUAGACAAUAAGAAUGAUCACGAAAUACCCCGCUUGGGACCUCUCAGUCCCUCUUUGAUUCACAGCGGCAUCUCUUCCCAAUCAGUCUUGUUGGCGGGUCCACCGCUCGAAAGUCAAUGCAUGUCAGAACCGCUGUUGUCCAAGAGAGAAGGUGAUGAUUCUUCCUUGCUAAGAAACGUUACUACCGCCAUCGGAGGCUAUGAUCCUCUUGCGUCGCACACAGAAGCAGAACGAUUCAUUCCUGUUUUGGAAGCCACUGGGUACAACGACAACGAUAAGGAUGAAUAUGGUCAUCGAAGAGAUACUAUUCCCAUUGCCCAGGCAGUUGCAGACCACCAGGAAGGAACAUUAAGGAUCCACACAGCCAUCUUUCAAUUCCUCGAGGAAGACUCGCAAGAUGCCACCAAGACCAACCAUGCACUCUAUUCCUUCUUGUCCCGAAAGGCACAAGGAAUCAUAGUGAGAAACAAUCCAGGAACACUUUCAGCUGCUUCUCAGAGGAUAUUCGAUGACAUGAUGAGGCAACUUGCUAAUGAUGGCUUGGUGAUUAUGACUCACCCCGAUGUCACGAGUACGUUGGGGGCCAAAGAUUCUCUUGUCCAGAUCAAGGAUCUCAAGUGCGGUUUGGACGACACUCAAGUUUACUAUGAUCCAGAGUCCUUUCGAGAAGGAUUCCGCAGAAGCAUCGCCAUGCAACCAAGAGUGAUCAAACAGAACCGCGGUUCGCAAGGCGAAGGCAUUUGGAUCGUCCACAUGAAGGAUUCAAGCGAGUACUGUGCAGAAAACUCCGGCAGCGAAUGCAUGGCUGCUCUAGACACGGAACUGGUCCUCAUGGAGGCUUGGGACAACCACGUGGAACACCACACUGUGGAAGAGUUUCUAGAGUUUUGCAUUCAUGGACGCACCGAUCAAUCAGGCGAAUGGAAUUCGACUGGAAAGGGACAAUACUUUGACGGUGGUCUUGAGGCGGGAUCGCUUAUGGUGGACAUGAGGUUUCUUCCCCGCAUCUCCGAAGGCGAGGUCCGAUGUCUCUUUGUGGGAUCAGAACUGGUAGAGAUUGUGCACAAGAAACCGAAAGAGGGUGGUCUCUCGGCAACGCUAGCGAGUGGGGCGGUGUACACGAAAUACACUCCCGACGACCCCAAAUUUGCUCGCUUUCAGCAGCAUUUGCAAAAGGAUGUUCCCCUCAUUAUGGAGAGUAUGGAAAUGAAGGAUCGUCAUCUCCCGUUGCUAUGGACUGCAGACUACAUCUUUGGAGACACAGACGAUGACUUGUACAUUAGCGAGAUCAACUGCAGUUGCCCAGGCAUUACGCAGCAACUGGAAAUCGUCCCAAUCAUUGCGAAGGUGGCGUUUGAAACAACUUUCCCGCAUGCAGUUUGACAUUGAUCUGGAAACUUGAGAAGCACACAAGGCGAGAUUCCGGUCACCGAACGAAAUCCAGCAAGCCUUUUGCUGGGGAAGCAAUGCAAAACACCUAGGGAGUUGUGCACUCGAGGUGCAAAGGCCAUCAAUAAGGUGUCAGCCGAACUCGUGCCAGGGGAGCAUUGCUUCAACCAGCCACGUCUUGGUAUAUCGAACUCUUCAUCCCUGCAAAGAUUGAAAUUAAAUAGUCAUAAUCUACUUGUAGAAUUCUGUCAUAGUUGUGAUUAGGGCAAGCUCAGAAGGAAGAGUUCCAGUGACAUAGCCAUAUUCAAUGUCAAAAUACUCCAUAGAAGAGAACUGACCCACUUCACUUGGAAUGGUGCCACUUUUGCUGUUGCCAAAAGCAGCAAAUAUCUGGGCAUUACCUAGCAAGCCAAUUUCAGUGGGAAGGGUUCCAGAGAACUGAUUCAAGCCAUAUCUCUUCCAACAA